UGCUGGAGCUGGCGAUCGAGUUGUUACGAAUGGAGGUCGAAAAAGUAUAAUUGCGGUAGAGUGGAGGUGUUGACGCGGCGCAGUGUCUCAGCGAAUGUGUCCGAAAGCAGCGAUGAUCAAAUCCUUUUGUUAGUUAGAUAGUUGUCAUCUGCUGUGGUGAAAUGCAAUUUGUCCCCAGGUGUGUUGUAUUAGUGCAUGUUGUUUUCCGUUGUUAAGUGUGGUGUUCUUCUCAGAGGAGUUAAGUUGUGCUAGGGUGCGCCAGUUUUUCCCGGAUAGAGUCGGGGAGGCUUAACUCAUUUAAACAGCGUUUAAUGAAAUUAAAUCAUUGAGAAAAUGUAUUUUCUCUAUUUCUUAAUUUCCGUAAAUUCAUUUCCGAUUUGGAAUAUCUAUUGUGGCUACUAUUUUAUUUAAAAAAUUAUUCCAUUAAGAGAUCGCUCUCCAAGUUAUCAAUUUCAUAAGAACUUUGUUGUACGCCCAGUAGAUUAAUAUUGUGAAAAUAUUUUAUGAUGGUCGAACCAUUAAUGGUUCUUACCCUCUUCUUAAUUACUAAAGUGUUUUUGUCAUUAUAAAUUCCAGUUCGUAUAUAUUAGACUUCUGCAUGAAUGUACCCAUAUCUAGCUUAACAGACCUGUACUUUUAAAAUACUGCACUUAUACUUUGCUGUACAGUAUACUUCUUAGGGCAGAAGUAGGUAGCACAGCAUUUUUAUUGUUCUCACUUAGAGUGAGAACAGUAUAUGGUUGUACUCUUCGUGAAUGAGUACUACAUUUGUAUUUUUUUAACAAGAGGGACAUCAAGCGAAAUUAUAAGGACAGUGUGGGUGUGUGUGCUAUUAUACAACUGUGCAGAUGAGUUCAGUAUUAUUAACACGUGCAUAAACAUGGAUUGUAAGGAAAACGACGCUCGUGCAAUGAACGCACAAGAAAAUAUAUGUGAUCACAAAAUGCAGAUAAGGGCAGUAAAUGGUAGAUUUGGAGGAGCGUCGCAUGACUCCCACGUAUGGAACCUCUCAGGAGAACGUGAAAGUUUGAGGACGAACUACGAAAAUGGAAAUAGAAGCGAACGAAUUCUUGGAGACUCCGGAUAUCCUCUUGAACCUUGGCUGCUAACGCCAUAUAGGAAUGCGCCAGAACGUUCUGAUGAACUCUAUUUCAACCAACAGUUUACAAAAGGCCGAUCACUAAUUGAACGCGUGUUUGGUGUAUUAAAAGGGAGAUUUCGAUGCUUGUUAUCUGCAAGAGAGCUACAUUACGCGCCUGAAAAAGUCGUUAAAAUUUUGAACGUAUGCUGCGCUCUACACAAUAUAUGCAUUUUGUACAAGGUAGAAGUACCAAUUAGUAUUACACUUGAGCCAGAAGAAUUUUCCACCACUAAUAUAGAUUUACCUAAUAGUGGUAAUUUUAUUACUAUUGCUAGAAACAUUAGGGACGAUAUUAAAACAAAUAUGAUAAAUGCUCGUAACUCAACUUAAUUAAA